AUGGAAGCCAUUAGAGGCGCUGAGGAGGAGUUAAAGGAGGCCGAGAAUCUAGUCGGCGAGUUCCCGCCUGGGCAUGGAGUGAAGAACACGGGUCUGUACAAGCUUAUCCUGACCUCAACGUCUGGUGCCCUGCCUGGGGGCUGCCAUCGCCCUGAGCUUCCCCAUGAUGACAAUUGUCUGCUGACUCGGCUGCAAACAGCUCGAUACGUCCUCUGCUGCGUCGAGUUUGGUGCUCCCCCCGGCGUGGACUCUACUGCAUCCGGCUUGAUGCUCCCACACGCGCGUCCUCUGCUGUGUCCAGCUCGGUGCUCCCGCAGGAGCGUGGUCCAUCUGCUGCGUCCAGCUCGAUGCUCCCACAACCGUGUCCUCUACUACAUCCAGCCUGGUGCUCUGGCAGGUUCGAGGCCAGGCUCCGGCUCCGGUUCCGGCUCCCGUCCCGGGACGGCGGGGGCCACGAGAGCCGGCCCCACCCCUGCUGGGGGUCCUGGUCCCCGCAGGCGGCCUGUCACACCUGCUGCCAAGCGACACCGCUGCCCCUUCACGGGCUGCACCAAAGCUUACUACAAGUCGUCGCACCUGAAGUCCCACCAGCGUACCCACACGGGGGAGCGCCCGUUCUCCUGCGACUGGCUCGACUGCGACAAGAAGUUUACGCGCUCCGACGAGCUUGCCCGCCACUACAGAACGCACACUGGAGAGAAGCGCUUCUCCUGCCCGCUCUGCCCCAAGCAGUUCUCCCGCAGCGACCACCUGACCAAGCACGCCCGCCGGCACCCUGCUUAUCAUCCCGACAUGAUUGAGUACCGAGGGCGUCGUCGUAACCCCCGCGUCGUCGAUUCCCAACCUACGAGCCUAGUGGACAGCCCCGGCCCCGACCAGGGGGCCAACCUCACCACCUGCCUGUAGAACUGCCAUUGCUGCUAG